UUAUUCUGAGGCUCAGCCCUCCUCGGCGCCCACCAUUUCGGGGCUCCGGGACUGUAGGGGACCCUUCCAGUCCCCAGAGCCGAGGCCAGCAGGGACAGAGACUAUGAGGCAAGCAGCCCACCGACCCAGGCCUCCUUAAGACCAGCCCAGCCGCCUAGCAAGCUGGCGGGCAGCAGCGGAGAGAGAAGGAGAUAAAGGACCACAGCAGACCUUUGGGGAUCAGCCCAGCAGCUCCUGUGGACCCUAGCCAGGCUGAGGGAUCGUGAUGGAUGGUCAGACUCACAGCCGCUGACGGACACACCAUGACAGCGAUGCACACAGCAGCACAGCACUGAGACACUCAGACACAACCGGUGACAGCCUCACACACUGCCACAGCCCUGCAAUACAGACAGCCACACUCACAGAAACAACUGGUAACUCUGAAACAGGCACAGACAGUGUCACACAGAACCACUACCCCCUGGCACGCACAAGUGGGGGAACCCAUCCUCCAAACACACACAGCAGCGCUGACCGGCACAGGCAGACCUGGAGACACACGCACACCCUCACCCGGGCACUGCUGUCGGUGGCCUCUGCACAUCCUCCCCACCCACACGGGGACACCCUUGCUCCUCCACACACUCGCACGCACACACAGCCACGAACAAACACACCUCGCAUACCCCCAGCUCAGCUCUGGCAGCCCCGACUCCUGCAGCCUCCUUUGUGGGUGAGGAAGAACUCAGUCAACCUUGGAUGGAGCUUCGGUGAAGCCAAGAGCUCAGAGAGGAAAGGGUCUGGCCUGGCGUGACUCUCACCAGCCCCUCCACCUGGCUGGGUGAUGUCCCCCCGCCCGGGUCCUGGGGACCCUUGGCAGAACCAUGGAGCAACUGACACCCCUUCCCCGGCCGGGGGACCCCGGAAACAUGGAGCUGUGGGCAUUGCCCGCCUGGCAGAGCUGGACUCCAGGCCAGGGGGGCGAACCUGGAGGUACAUCCCCAAGCAUUGCCGAUACUCCGGCAGCUCUGCGUGUUGGAGAACUGAGGCCUGAGGAGAGCUCCGAGCCCGAGGGAGCCCGAAGCCCCGGGUCUGUGGGGGGCAUCCAGCCUGAAAGAACAGAAACUGGGCUGCCCAGCCCCGGGCCGGGAGCACUGAGCUCUGGACUCAGCUGCCAGAGGCUGGAGGGCAAGGAGGUGGAGGCUUUCUCUAAGGGCAAGCUGAAAAUGGGCUUUGGGGACAGGCCCAAUCUGGAGCUGCUGAGGGCCGUGGGGGAGCUGCAGCAGCGCUGUGCCAUCCUUAAGGAGGAGAACCAGAUGCUGAGGAAGAGCAGCUUCCCCGAGACGGAAGAGAAGGUGCGGAGACUGAAGCGGAAGAACGCAGAGCUGGCGGUCAUUGCCAAGCGCCUGGAGGAGAGAGCCCGGAAGCUGCAGGAGACCAACCUGCGGGUGGUGAGCGCUCCCAUGCCCAGUCCAGGGGCCAGCUUGGAGUUGUGCCGGAAGGCCCUGGCCCGCCAGCGAGCCCGGGACCUCAGUGAGACAGCCAGUGCCCUGCUGGCCAAGGACAAGCAGAUUGCUGCCUUGCAGCGGGAGUGCAGUGAGCUGCAGGCCAGGCUCACCCUGGCUGGCAAGGAGGGCCCCCAGUGGCUCCACGUGCGGGACUUCGACCGGCUGCUGCGGGAGUCCCAGCGGGAGGUGCUGCGGCUGCAGAGGCAGAUCGCCUUGCGCAACCAGAGGGAGCCGCCCCCGCCGCCUCGGCCCCCAGGCCUGGCCGCCCCGGCCAGAGCAGGGGCGCCCGCCCCCGGGGCCCCGGGAGAGGCCACGCCCCAGGAGGAUGUGGAAAACCCACCCGUGGUCCUAGGGGAGCCAGAGAAAUGGCAGAGGGUACAGCAGCUGGUAAGUCCCAGGUCGAGGGCUGGAGGAGACCCAUUCUGGGUGGAUCUGCCUUCCCACAUGAGGAGCUCCAUUCUGACCUCACAGGAAUCAGAGCUCAGCAAGAAGCGGAAGAAAUGCGAGAGCCUGGAGCAGGAAGCCCGGAAAAAGCAGAGGCGAUGUGAGGAGCUGGAACUGCAGCUGAGGGAAGUCCAGAGUGAGAAUGCCCGCCUCGUGGAGGAGAACUCUCGGCUCAGUGGGAGAGCCACGGAGAAGGAGCAGGUGGAAUGGGAGAACGUGGAGCUGAGGGGCCAGCUCCUGGGAGUGACGCAGGAGAGGGACUCGGCCCUUCUCAAGAGCCGGGGCCUGCAGAGCAAGCUGGAGAGCCUGGAGCAGGUGCUGAAGCACAUGCGGGAGGUGGCCCAGCGGAGGCAGCAGCUGGAGGUGGAGCAUGAGCAGGCUCGGCUUUGCCUGCAGGAGAAGCAGGAGGAGGUCCGGAGGCUGCAGCAGGCCCAGGCAGAAGCCCAGAGGGAGCACGAAGGGGCCGUGCAGCUGCUGGAGUCUACCCUGGAUUCCAUGCAGGUCCGGGUUCGAGAGCUGGAGGAGCAGUGCCGCAGCCAGACUGAGCGCUUCAGCCUCCUGGCGCAGGAGCUCCAGGCCUUCCGCCUGCACCCGGGCCCCUUGGAUCUGCUCACCUCCGCCCUGGGCUACAGUACCCUUGGGGACCGCCCGCCACCCCCCUGCUGCUCCACCCCCCAGCCCUGCCGGGGGUCUGGCCCCAAAGACCUUGACCUCCCGCCAGGCUCCCCAGGGCGCUGCACCCCAAAGUCUUCCGAGCCUGCCCCUACCACCCUUGCUGGGGGCCCCCGAAGGACGGCCAAGAAGGCAGAGUCUCUGUCCAACUCCUCUCGCUCCGAGUCCAUCCACAACAGCCCCAAGUCAUGCCCUACGCCCGAGGUGGACACAGCCAGCGAGGUGGAGGAGCUGGAGGCAGACAGCGUCUCCCUGCCGCCAGCAGCCCCGGAGGGCAGCCGGGGAGGAGCCAGGAUCCAGGUCUUCCUCGCUCGCUACAGCUACAACCCCUUCGAGGGCCCCAAUGAGAACCCAGAGGCAGAGCUUCCGCUUACCGCUGGCGAGUACAUCUACAUCUAUGGCAACAUGGACGAGGAUGGCUUCUUUGAAGGGGAGCUCAUGGAUGGCCGAAGGGGCCUGGUCCCUUCCAAUUUUGUAGAGCGUGUGUCCGACGACGACCUCCUGACCUCCCUGCCUCCAGAGCUGGCUGAUCUGUCCCACAGUUCAGGCCCUGAACUCAGUUUCCUGAGUGGCGGCGCGGGCGGCAGCAGUAGCGGAGGCCAGAGCAGUGGGGGACGCAGCCAGCCCAGAACAGAGGAAGAGGCUGCAGGGGACGAGCUCAGGCUGAGCCCCUCGUCCGAGGGCCUGGGUGAGCCCCCUGCCGCGCCUCACCCCCGCUGUCUGGCUGUCCUCAAGCAGCUGGCCCACAGCGUGGUGCUGGCCUGGGAGCCGCCUCCUGAAUGCGUGGAGCUGCGUGGCUACCAUGUCUGUGUGAAUGGGGAGCUGCGGCAGGCCCUGGGGCCCAGGGCGCCCCCCACGGCUGUGCUUGAGAAUCUGGACCUGCAGACCGGGCCCCUCCGUGUCUCUGUUCAGGCCCUGACCAGCUGGGGCGGCUCUGACCCUCUGCGCUGUUGCUUGGUGCUAGGGGCCGGGGCCGGGGUGGCACCUAGCCAGCUGCGGGUCCAUCGACUGACAGCCACGUCCGCUGAGAUCACCUGGGCGCCCGGCAAUAGCAACUUGGCCCAUGCCAUCUACCUCAAUGGGGAAGAGUGCCCCUCUGCCUGCCCUAGCACCUACUGGGCCACCUUCUGCCACCUGCGGCCUGGUACACUCUAUCAGGCCCGAGUGGAGGCUCAGCUCCCACCUCGAGGGUCCUGGGAACCAGGCUUGGAGAGGCCAGAGCAACGGGCUGCCACCCUGCAGUUCACCACACUCCCAGCAGGCCCCCCUGAUGCCCCCCUGGAUGUGCAGGUUGAGCCAGGGCCCUCCCCUGGAAUCUUGACCAUCAGCUGGCUCCCGGUAACAAUUGAUGCUGCUGGCACCUCCAACGGCGUCCGGGUCACAGGCUAUGCCAUUUAUGCUGAUGGGCAGAAGAUCAUGGAGGUGGCCUCCCCCACGGCAGGCAGCGUGCUGGUGGAGUUGUCGCAACUGCAGCUGCUGCAGGCGUGCCGCGCGGUGGCCGUGCGCACCAUGUCGCCCCACGGCGAGUCGGCCGACUCCAUCCCGGCUCCCGUCGCCCCUGCCCUGGCUGAGGCCUCCUCGCCAGCCAGGGUCUCCUGCCCCUCCCCACGACUGGGCUCGGAGGCCAGACCGCCCCUUGCUCCAGCCUCCCCGGGGCCUGGAGACCCCAGCUCUCCCCUCCCGUGCCCCAAGCCCCGUGGAACUCGAGAGCCCCCCGGGGGCUCCCCAGCAAGCUGUCCCGGAGAGACACCAAAAGGAUCCUCAGAGGAGCCCCCAGUGCCUGGCUCUCAGGAGGAGGCUGGGGCAGCUGAGCUGGGGGCCCCAGGAGACAGGAAGGCCAGUGAGCCAACCUUGGGAGAGCGAGUUCCUGGCCCUGCAGCUUCCUCCCUGGCCGAGGAGAAGGCUGAGUGGACUGCGGGAGAGGCCUGCCCGGCCCCUGGCUCCACCCAGGGAGCGCUGGCCCAGAGGCUGCCCUGUGCUGAGGCCUGCCGUGCAGGAGACACAGGGCCUGGGCUGCGGCCCAGGGCUGAGAGAGAGGACACGGCCGAGCUUGGGGUCCGUCUGGGGAGCGCCCUUGUGGACCAUGGCCGCAACUCAGAUCUGUCAGACAUCCAAGAGGAGGAGGAGGCAGAGGCAGAGGAGCUGGGUGUCAGGACUUGCUCCUUCCCGAAGCAGGGUGCUGGCAACAGCCUCAGGGACAAUGGGGCCAAGCCCCAGCCCGACCCCUUCUGUGAGACUGACAGCGACGAGGAGAUCUUGGAGCAGAUCCUGGAGCUGCCCCUCCAGCAGUUCUGCAGCAAGAAGCUCUUUAGCAUCCCUGAGGAGGAGGAAGAAGAGGACGAAGAGGACGAAGAGGACGAGAGGAGGCCGGCGGCAGGCUCUUCUUCCCGGGACCCUGACCCGCCUGAGCCUGCAUUCCUGGGGCUGGGCUGUGACAGCGGUCGGCCCCGAGGACCUGGCCUAUGUCCUUUGUCUCCCGAGCCCUCCAGGGCUGGGGACCGCCUGGAGGACAUGCCUGGACUAGUUGGUGGAAGCAGCUGGAGAAAAGGAAGUGGCUCCCCCGAGAAGCCCCCCAGCCGCAGGCGGUCCCCAGAUCCCCGUGAACACUGCAGCCGACUUCUCAGCAACGGCGGGUCCCAGGCCUCUGGACGACCAGGCCCCGCCCGGGAGAGGGGCAGCCCCCCCGUGGGCGAGGGCACCAGGGCUGGACCGGAGGCUGGUGGGAGAGGGCGGCCGGCCCCUUCGAGGAGGUGCCCCCGUGGCCCAGCCCCAGAAUCGGGCCUGGCCAGCUGCCUCUCCCCCAAGUGCUUGGAAAUCAGCAUCGAAUAUGAUUCUGAGGAUGAGCAAGAGACGGGCGGCGGGGGCAUCAGCGUCACCAGCUCCUGCUACCUCGGAGAUGGGGAGGCGUGGGGUGCAGCACCCACGGGAAGGCCCAGGGGGCCUCCGAAGGCCAAUUCAGGCCCCAACCCCUACCCACGCCUCCCGGCCUGGGAGAAAGGGGAGCCAGAGCGGAGAGGCCGCAGUGCCACUGGCAGAGCCAAGGAGUCACCCUCCCGGGCAACAGAGACUGGGGAGCCCAGAGGGCAGGACGGCUCUGGGCGGAGGGGCCCCCAGCGGAGAGGGGGCCGGGCCCCCAGGCCAGGCUCCGCGGAGCUGGCCCCUCCGAGGAGCCCUCCAGAAGAAGCACUGGCUUACCAGGACCUACCUGUCAGGGUCUUUGUGGCUCUGUUUGACUAUGACCCCGUGUCGAUGUCUCCCAACCCUGAUGCCGGGGAAGAGGAGCUCCCCUUCCAGGAGGGCCAGAUCCUGAAGGUGUUUGGGGACAAGGAUGCCGAUGGCUUCUAUCGGGGUGAAGGCGGGGGCCGGAUGGGCUACAUCCCGUGCAACAUGGUGUCCGAGGUGACUGCGGACAGUCCUGCAGGGAGACAGCAGCUGCUCCAGCGGGGCUAUUUGUCCCCAGAUGUUCUCGUUGAGGGUUCAGGGAACGGUCCCUUUGUCUACUCCACAGCUCGCACAGCUGGGCCUCCCCCCAAGCCCCGCCGCUCCAAGAAAGCUGAGUCGGAAGGCCCUGCCCAGCCCUGUGCAGGCGCCCCCCAGCCGGUCUCCUCUACUGGCCUGAAAGCUCCCCGCUCCAUGGUGGCUGCAUUUGACUACAACCCCCGGGAGAGUUCCCCCAACAUGGAUGUGGAGGCAGAGCUGCCCUUCCGGGCAGGGGACGUCAUCACUGUGUUCGGGGGCAUGGACGAUGAUGGUUUCUACUAUGGGGAACUGAAUGGACAGCGGGGCCUGGUUCCAUCCAACUUCUUGGAGGGCCCUGGGCCUGAGGCAGGCGGCUCAGACAGGGAGCCCGGGACACCCCAGGCCGAGGGGCAGCCCUGGGCCAGCUCAACCCAAGGGCCCCCAGCGCCCCCCGGCUGGCCCUGUGCUCCCGGUCCUGGCCGCUUCUCCGGGAUUGAAUGGGGGGCACCACAGGGCCCGAGCAAGAAGGUGUGGGGUCUCCUCUGCAAGGGGAAGCAGCUCCUCAGGAAACUGGGCUCUGGGAAGAAGGAGUGACGCUGCGGCCCGUCCUGCAGGCCCGAGGCCCUGGCACACUGUCCUGGCUGCUUGGGGAAGGCCCUGGACUCUCGUUCUCCCGAGCCAGCGCUCUGGCACUCGGAUGGAAAUUCUACUCGGUGAAGGUCAGAUCUAGAUGAGCCCUUGCGGAUGCGUCCUCUGGAUGGGCAUCUUCCUCUGACAGGAGGGCGGCCUGAGCCGCAGCGUGCGGAAGCGAGUCGGCCACCGGGCCUGAGCACCUGGGUCACAGAGCCAGGCCUGAAUGUGGACUCAUGACUCCUGCUUCUCCCACCCCCGCCUGGUGUCCAGCAUGCCAUGCGAGUCCCUUCUUGGCCUCCACACACCUGGCCCGGGGACCCUGCUCCCUCCGAAGGCGCUGGCCAACCUCAAGUCUUCCCUCCCUGAAGGAGAGUUUGCACUGGAUUCUGCCCAGCCCCCGACCCCCGGGCGGGCAGGGGGGUGGAGCCGUGUAUAUAUGUACAUACCCAGUGCCUCAGCCCAGCUUCCUCCGUCUCCCUUCCACUGCACAGGCUCGGGAAGGACCCCGGGCGUAGCGCUGCCCUCCUGCCAGCCGCCCUCCUGGCCUGAGCCCCGGGCCAGCGGGCAGAAAGCGGGAGCUGGGUUUGCCUUAUUUUGCUCAUCAGAUUCAACUCUUUUGCAUCGUUUUCCUCUGGCCCCUGUUGGAGUCAGGGGCCUGGGGAAGAGGCCAGAUUUAUGCAGCUAUUUUCAUACAUUCCCUGUUCAGGUUGGGGUGGGGGGCUCUCCCCCCUUACCCUAGCCACCUCCCUGCCCCUCCCCCUCCGGCUGGGUGAGCGACUCUGCAUGUUUCCUUUGCUGUGGUGGGAGAUUGAUUGUUGGACUGAAUGCCCCCCCCACCACCACCACCUUGGUCUCCAGGGGUGUGGAAUGGUGGGGGCAUUUGUUUAAAGAGACAUUUUAUUACAAUAAAGUCUAUUUUCACAAAACCCAU